GACUUCAGUGCUCCGCCGACCGUCGAGGGGAGCGGACGUAUCGCCGGCUGCGAUUUACGACUACGAACACGCAAAGUCGAAACGAACAUGAGGACGAAUCAUUAUCAAUAAUAUAGUGCUGUAUUUUUUUCUAUUUUAUCUCGUGCUGUGCUGUGACUCGAGUGUAUUUUUUUCGAAAUGGCGCUAUUUUUGUGCGUUUCCUUAUGCGCCUGGGCAGGAGCCUUAGGGUUCAAUGUGGACAUCCCUUCUAGGGUGGUUUAUACGGGAAAUCAUCAGUCUAUGUUUGGAUUUACUGUCCAGAGUCAUGUGGACGGUGAUAGAAAGAUGAUACUGGUGGGGGCUCCAGAGGACGAGCCCUAUCGCGUGGAGAACGUUCAACGUCCGGGCGCCGUGUACCGCUGCCAACCAUCACAUCGCGGCUACACCUCCGAGAAUGCCAACAACCAUCUCCAGAUGUGCUCCUUGAUAGAGUUUGACAAGAAUAGAUAUAACAACAUGGAUACCGCUCGUCGUCAGAUAGACCAGAAGUCCAACCAGUGGUUCGGGGCCACUCUCACCAGCACGGGCCGAAACGGACCCAUUGUGGCUUGCGCUCCGCGUUACGUGUCCUUCGUGUCGGCAAAGUUGAACCAAAGAGACCCUGUGGGGUCCUGCUUCGUAGCUCAGACCCCAGAUGCCGUGGAAGUCAAUGAGUUCUCACCCUGUCGAAACUGGUUCACUACGGUGGAAGAAGCGAGCCACGACCAGCGGAAGACUGGCAUGUGUCAGGCCGGUUUUUCAGCAGCUGUCUCCAAGGAUGGCCAAAGACUAUUCUUAGGAGCUCCCGGCAGUUUUUAUUGGCAAGGACGAACGUUUUCCAUAGACACUAGCGCAAGGUUCAACUACUUUAUGCCGAAGGAAGGUCAACUCAAAGUUCAAACCUUGAAUUCGAAGCCGGUCUUAAUUUCGACUCCGGAAGACAGCCCCAAACAUGACGACUCGUACAUGGGAUAUUCAGUGACAGUUGGAGACUUUGCUGGUCAAGGAAUACAGGGUGUUGCUGUAGGUGUUCCCAGAGGAUCGGAGUUAAGAGGAUUAGUGGUCCUCUAUACGUGGGAGUUACAAAUUAUUAAAAACAUCAGUGGUUCUCAAAUUGGAGCCUACUUCGGCUACAGUAUGGCUAGUGGUGACAUCGACGGCGACGGCGCUGACGACAUCAUCGUCGGUGCACCAAUGUUCACCAAGACCAAGAGUGACGGAUAUGAGCAUGGAAGAAUCUAUGUCAUUUAUCAGGGAAGCGAUAGAUCGUUCCAAAAGAACCACGCCAGAACUGGGGAGGUCUCAAAGGGACGAUUCGGAUUGGCCGUCACGUCACUUGGGGACAUCAAUUAUGAUGGUUUUGGAGAUAUCGCUGUUGGUGCUCCGUAUGGCGGUGAGAGUGGAAGAGGUGUGGUCUACAUCUAUCACGGCAGUGAGCUCGGCAUCGGUGAGAAGUAUUCCCAGGCCAUUACUGCUGAAGAGAUCAGUCCCGUCCUCACUACCUUCGGCUUUUCACUCUCCGGAGGGGUCGACUUGGACAACAACAACUAUACGGAUCUGGCUGUUGGUGCUUAUAAAUCAGACAGUGUGGUGUUUUUGAAGUCCCGUCCGGUGGUUAAAGUGAUGGCGGAGGUGCGGUUCAUGGGCGAGAGUAAACUUAUCUCGCUGGACGACCGUCGCUGCGUCCUCUCCAACGGGACAAACGUCGCCUGCGCGCGACUUAUGUUCUGUCUCACAUACGAUGGGGUUAACGUGGACCAACAAAUUAAUUUCGAAGUUACUUUGGAUCUGGACUCUCGCCAGAAGACAAGCAAGCGUCUGUUCCUAAUGGAGUCGAGGCAAACAGUUUACACGACUCACAUAUUACUUAAUCAGGGGCAACAGGAAUGCAAGGAAAUCACUGUCUAUUUAGAUGAGGAAAUUCGUGACAAGCUGACACCCUUGGAGGUGAAGAUGACGUAUGAGCUAGUACAGCCCGGAGGGUCCGCGGGAGCCUCGGGGGCGGUCCCACCAGUAUUGGACCGCACCCUCGGCGUCGAGCGCACCGACUCACUCAAUAUACAGAAGAACUGCGGACCUGACAAUGUUUGUGUUCCCGAUUUGAAAAUGUUUGUGACCACGCCCACAGUGAAUUACGUUCUGGGAUCCGGUGAAAACGUUCACAUCGACGUAAAGGUGGACAAUGGCGGUGAAGACGCCUUUGAAACAGCCUACUACCUGCAAAUACCAGCCGGAGUAACUUACGCCAAGAUGGAAAGAUUGGACAAAGAUACCGCCGAGACAUCUCCAAUAUACUGUUCCAUUAAAAAUAAAGGAACCAGUGGAAACAGUACCUUGAAAUGUGAUCUCGGAAAUCCCAUGGCCAGUGGACAAAGCGUGAACUUCCGAGUUGUAUUAGAGGUGGACACGCGAGUGACGGGGCUGAACUUCGACAUGGAAUCCAACUCCACAAACCCUGAGGUCGGCACGCAGUACGACAACACGAGACACUUGGCCAUAGGCGUCGUCAUUAAGGCAGUAUUGUCGGUCAUUGGGACGUCCGACCCUCCAGAACUUCACUACAAUGCAUCCUUAUACGAGUCUCGGGACCUGAAAGAUGAUACCAAACUCGGUCCCCAGGUCAUUCACAAGUACAACAUCAAAAACGAAGGUCCCUUCGCUAUAGAUGAGGCCGAGAUAUAUAUUAUGUGGCCUUACCAGACUCUGACAGGCGAGAACCUCAUGUACAUGGUGGUUCAACCUCAGUGGGCGGGCGACAUUGUGUGUGACGUCGCAAGAAACGUUAACCCCGACAACCUGUUUAUACAGAACCCAUAUGCCUACAUGUUGACAAAAGAAAAAGAAGAAAUGAUGAGCAGUGAGUUCUAUUCAGGCGCACAGAUUGGUGGAGCUGGCGGAUACUAUGGACAACAAUAUUGGGAGGAAAAACAUACCAUUAGUGGUGAACAGGCGGGUCAGACUGGAGCUGGCCAAGUUAAUAGAGGGCAAACUGCGUCUAACGCGUAUGGUACACAAACUUCCAGUGGAGGACAGUAUGCUGCUACUAGUCAAGGAAAUGGUCAAUUUAAUGGUGAACACUCUAUUCAUGUUAGUGGGGGUCAAGCGACGGGCGGCCAAUCGACCUACGUAAAUAGAGGUCAAGCAUCAAGUGGUCAAUAUGGCACCCACGUUAGCGGUGGAAGCGUUGCAGGCAAACAGUAUGGCAGUACCCAAGUAUCUGGCACUCGUUACGGAACCCAUGUCAGUGGACAAACGGGUGAAAUAUCUGGUGAUCAAAUGGGAACACAUGUAAUUGAAAAUAGUGGUUCAGUUUCUAACACAUACGGUACCCAGCUCAAUAAAAACAAUGAUCAAAUUUCUGGAGGACAAUAUUAUGGUGGUCAAAUGGGUGGUGGUGGACAAGGGAGUGGAAGUUCCUACUCUUAUAAUCGUACAUGGUCGAGCGGCUCAAAUGAAGGAUUAUCAGCUGAAGAACAAGAAGCUAUACGAAAGAGAUUACAAGCUAUGGCACAACCAAAUUACCAAGGGUCCGGUCGAGAAUAUAACGAAGGAGGUCAAAAUACCUAUUCUCAAAGCAGUUCCCAUGGUUCGGCUUAUGGUCAAAAUGGUUACAGCCAAGGUGGCCAAUAUUAUGGUCGAGAACAAAAUCAUGGCGGACAAAGUUUUAACAUUCAAGGCGGACAAGGCGUGGGAUCUGCGGAAUAUGGCCAAGAUGGACGUAUAGUUCGAAUUAGAAACAAAACUGUCGUGUUCGAUUCUAACCAUAAUGUAAUUUCCGAGUCUGAAACGAGUACUGAGUAUGGAUCAUUGGGGCACGAGGGUGAAGCUGGUAGCUCUUUCAACACUUACCUUAAUAAUCAGGGCGUCAAUCAGAAUUAUGGUUCUAGUCAAGGUUUUGUUCACGGUUCAUGGGGUACUACGGAAACCGUUAAUCCAAAUCUAAUGAACGCCGGAUCCAAAACCUAUAGAAAUCCAAGCGUUACUGUCGUGGGCGAUGAAGACGAGGACAAACUUGAAGGUUUUGGAGCCUACGCAGCCCAAAACUCUAAUAAUGAAUUUAAGUUUGGUAUCGCUGACGUGACUAACCAGGCCGGCUCUAGCGGAGGCGGUGGAGCAUACAGAUCUGGUUCACAAGUCUACCAGAACGGUCAACAAGGAGCUUUCCAGGGCGGCGUACAAGGAGGAGCGUCUUCUUCAUACGGUAACAGUGGAAGUUAUUCGUACUCUUCCUCACAAUCAGGCGGUCACAGAACAUAUUCACAGUCAGGACACAGUUUCAGUUCGUCAUCGGAACAGAGACGAGAAAGUACUAGAAGAAAAAGACAAGAUGAAGUCGAUACGGAACUGAAGGAGAUGCUGUCCCGCUGCGAAGAGAAGUACAAGUGCUCAGUGGUGCGGUGUCACACGGGCCGCCUUGUAAAGGGACAGGCUGUGUGGGUCGCGCUACGGUCGCGAAUCAACUCCUCUGUACUCAAUGAAAUCUCUCAGGAACGCUCCGUGAAACUGUCAUCGCUGGGCGCGGCUCGCGUGUCCCGUCUGCCUCUGGUGGGUAGGCCCCUGGAGCGCGGCUGGCGGUCGGCAGAGGCGGUGACGACUCUCACGCCUCAGCUGGAAGCGCGUGACUCCGGCGCCAUCCCCCUGUGGGUCAUCAUACUGGCAGCUGUCGUCGGCGCGCUGCUGUUGUUACUGCUCAUCUUCGCGCUAUACAAAUGCGGAUUCUUCAAACGCAACCGUCCCUCCGACCACGUCGAGCGUCAACCUCUGAACGGUCGCGACGAACAUCUCUGAUAUCCGACCACCGACCUCGGCCUUGCCGGCGACGUCAACUUCACUAGUGACGGUGACGUCACGUCCGACGUCGACGCCACGUCCGACACAUCCGACAGGUCCGGCCCGUCUGUCCGUGUCACUUCCGACACUUCCGGAUCCUCGAGUUCCACAGACGCCGCCAGUGACAUUACCAGCCAGGACUCCUCCAGCACUGAUAGAUACUAGCAUCACAACUAGAUUCAAGACUUCCGCUAGAUUUUAAACAUUAAGUCGUUUACAAUUUAAUCAAGUUAUACUAGACGGCGGUGUCGGGAUGGCAGUCGGAGGAUCUAAUACAAAUUUUCUUUUUAAAAUUUAAUAAAUAAUAAAAAUUUAGUCGUCACUGUGUUGUGUGAGUUGUAAGUAUUUUGGGAACACCACAGUAUAAUAAUUAGCAAAUAUCCAAUCAACUGUAUAUAUCAGGUUAAGGAAAACAGUGCCUCAUGAGAUUUUUUGAAAAAUUUACUCUACAAUGUUCCUUUGGACGUUUUUGAGAUAAAAAAAAAUGUUUUAAGGUAAAGUAAAUAUAUAACGUAUUACUAGUCACAUAUGAAAAACACAGUUCACGUCAGGAGUGAACAAGAAAAAAACAUAAAAAAAAAAUUAUGAACGUGUUAAAAAGAGGGUGUGUUGUGAAAUGUGAUCUUUACUAAAUAUUACUAUAAAACCAAUAACAACUGACUAAUUAUUGGUAACUAAUGAAUCUGAAGCAGAAAUUAUUUUAGAAGGCAUUGGUAGGCUUAUUACGUAGAGCAAUAAUAAAAUAAGUACACGCUGUAUAUAGUAAUGGUUAAUGUUUACAAAAAAAAAAUAGUUCAUAAUCUAUGUGUGUAUAGCAGUAAUUUCACAUUUAGUGCCUUAAAAUACAUAUCGGAGUUAUAACACAAUAAGCUAUACCUUUAAAUGUUUCUCAAGUAUUGUAGUUUUAUAUUACAUAUUAAGCAUAAACAUAUCGCAUAAAUUCUGAAACAAAUAUACAAGCAAGUCGUGCUAUCAACAGCAAAUACGCUUUAAUAACAACGUCUUAUAGUCGUGCUUCGCGUGAAUUACAUUCGCCUUCCAAAUACUGCCAGUUACUAAAUAAUUAAAUUAAUGUAAAUAUUAUAUAGUACUGUUUUGAAUUUGUAGUUUUUCACAGAGCAUUUAAAAUGUUCGUUGUAGGAGCGUACUUAAUAAUGUUAAGGAGUCUGCUUAUUUUCUUUACCUAUAUUUCAUCAAAACGAAAUUUGAUCCUGAACAAUUCGAUCUCGGCUGUAAUUUUAAAUUGUCUGUGAAAAACUGAUUUAGAAAUUAUGAAUUAGAUGUAUUGUUAUUUUUUAUUAAUUAUUAUUUAUUUAUCUUAAUGUUAUUACUAAGAAUUCCGCUUCUACUUAUAAGUUAAACGAACUAAAAAUCAAUGCCAUAUUGUAUGAAACAUUUCGGUCGUCUGUCUGGGUUAAACGCAUUUAGCAAGAAAAGAAUAAAAUUUUGUUUUUAAAUAA